UAAAGAUGGCAGCCUCCACAGCAAGCGGCUCCGAUUUUGAGAAGCAAAGACAAACGUGUCUAAAAUUCAUUGAGAAACAUCACAACAGCACAGACUUGAAUGGUUUACGAGAUGAGUACCAAACUUUGCCGGGCAGUGAAUCAGAAAGAAAGCUAGCCCUUGACCAAGCCUUCAGAGAUGCAGUUCACAAACAAGUGCAGUCAGGAGGUGAUAUCAACAUACUUACAUCACUCAUAAAUUUAGCUGUAGAGGCAGUCAGACAAGAAUUAGGUUCCCACUCCACACCAUUCCUUUUGUUGCAAGACACGUUUGAUGGCUUGGAGCUAGAGAAAUGCAGCUCACUCUUCAAGUUUGUGGAAGAUGGUGUAGCCACAUGGAAGUCGGACAUCUUUUAUUCAGCUGGAAAAAACUACCUGCUGCGAAUGUGCAAUGAUCUGCUGAGGAGGUUGUCUAAGUCCCUUGAUACAGUGUUCUGUGGUAGAAUACAGCUGUUCCUGGCCAGGCUAUUCCCACUGGAAGAGAAAUCAGGGGUCAAUCUAACAUCCCAGUUCAAUUUAGAUAAUGUCACAACAUUUAGCUCUAGUGCAGAAGAUUUUGUCAGGAAAUCUUCGGAAACAGAUGGAGAAAAAGAUGAUAGCAUGGAGAUUGAAGAAGGAGAAAUGGAAGAUACUUUAUCAAGCUCCAUUCCCAUAGACUACAAUUUGUACAGGCGGUUCUGGUCUCUUCAGGACAACUUCAGAAAUCCACAGCAGUGCUAUGAGAAGAUAGCUUGGAAACAGUUUGUAGUGAAUGCAGAUGAAGUACUUAAAGUUUUCACAAGUAAUAAACUCGAUGACAUAAAAUCCAGUAGGAAGAAUUUAGAACAACCCAAGCAGUCAGACACACACGAGUACUUUGCCAAGUAUCUGACCAAUGAAAAGCUGCUAGACCUCCAGAUGAGUGACGGUAACUUCAGAAGAUAUGUCCUUGUACAGUUUCUCAUCCUAUUCCAGUAUCUGAAUUCAACAGUCAAAUUCAAAAGUGCCAACCAAGUGCUAUCAGAAGAGCAGUCCAACUGGGUGAGGGAGUCCACAGAUAAAGUGCUUCAACUUCUCAGGGAGACGCCUCCAGAUGGAGAACAGUUUGCUAAAUAUUUUGAGCACCUGUUGGCCAGAGAAGAGAACUGGAAUGCCUGGAAGAAUGAGGGAUGCCCCAGCUAUGUCAGGGAGGCCACAGAAAACACUGCAAAACAGAAAAGUUUGAGAGUGCGGAAGAGGAGUUUAGGUGAGGACAUCAAGGCCACAGGAGGGAAGGUAGUGAAGAUGGGCAAUGAUGAGCUGACCAGACUGUGGAACAUUUACCCCUCCAAUAUGGAAGCUUGCAAAUCUGAUAAAAGGAUUUUCCUGCCAUCUUUGGAAGACUUUUUUGAGGAAGCAAUACUCCAGGCUGAUCCAGAACAACAGAUAGAAGAGCAGUACAAACUCGUGAGCCAAAGCAACUUCUGUUGGCGUUCUCUGCGCCUGCUGGCUAGAAGAAGUCCUCACUUCUUUGCUCAAACUAACCAGCAGCCAGGAGCUCUCAAAAUCUCAAAGUUUGUGGAGUCCAUGGUGAUGAGGAUUGCCAAGGAAAUGCCUAGUACUCUGCAAGAAGAGCCUAAGACUGAACUGGAAGAGGAAGAGGACAUCAGAGAGGAACACCAAGAAGAAGAACUGGACAAGGCUGAAGAGACUGGUAAAGAGGAGGCUGUGGAGGUGGUCACGGCAGAUCAGGUGGCCACUGUGGCUGAGGAGCUGAGUCAGGAGUGGAAGAGACUGGCCGUGGAGCUCAACUUCCCUGAAGAUGACAUUGCUUACAUAGAGAGCGACAAUGAAGACACAGUUUCUCAGGCCUUGAAAAUGCUUACGUUGUGGAUGGAAAAUGAAGCUGAACGUGCCACCCCAGGGACUUUGAAGAUCGCUCUCAAGGAAGUGGGUCUCAUAGACAUUGCAAACAAAGUGUUUCCCUCCUAGAGCAAGCCAAAGACCAUUUUAUAUUGGAGGGCAUUGUGUCAGUACACCUGUCUUGUGAAGAUAGGUCUUAGGAGACAUCUGAACCAAGUGGCAUUUUAUAAAUUUGCUGACUUUGAAGGCUCAAGUUGUAAAAUAAUACUAAUUUUUUACAUAUCCAGUUUUAAAUCUUUUUCAAGAAAAAGAAGUGUCAUUCAUUGCAAGAGCAAUAUGUGUAAAUAACA